GGGGCUGCGGGUACCGGGGGUUGCCGGGGAGGGGGGGACAGCGAGGCCGGGACCCCCCCGCACCGGCACCGGCACCGGCACCGGCACCGGCACCGGCACCGGCACCGGCACCGGCGCCAUGGAUGACUCGGACGUGAUCCGCCGCCGGCGGCUGCAGAAGGAGCUGCCGCUGCCGCGGAAGAGCAGCAGCUGCCGCACGAACAACCGGAAGAGCCUAAUCCUGACCAGCACCUCCCCCACCCUCCCGCGGCCCCACUCGCCGCUGCCCGGACACAUCGGUAGCAGCCCCCUGGACAGCCCCCGCAACUUCUCCCCGAGCGCCCCCGCGCACUUCUCCUUCGGCCCGUCCCGCCGGGCUGACGGGCGCCGCUGGUCGCUGGCCUCGCUGCCCUCCUCGGGCUAUGGCACCAACACCCCGAGCUCCACGGUCUCGGAGCGGCUGCACCAGCUGCCGGCGCAGCCCACGGCCGAGGAGCUCCGGUUCCUGUCCCGCCACUUCGGCAGCUCCGAGAGCCUCGCCGAGGAGGAGGGGGGGGCCCGGGGGGGCGCGGCCGCCCCCCGACCCCGCUCCCGCAGCCUCAGCCCCGGGCGCUCGCCCUCGUCCCACGACAACGAGAUCGUGAUGAUGAACCACGUGUACAAGGAGAGGUUCCCCAAGGCCACGGCGCAGAUGCAGGAGCGGCUGGAGGAGUUCGUGCGCGGCUGCGGCCCCGGCGGGACCCCCCUGGCCGACGGCGCCCUGAGCUUCAUCCAGCACCAGCUGGUGGAGCUGGCGCGGGACUGCCUGGGCACGGCACGGCUCGGGCUGCUGAGCGCCGGCUACUUCGGAGAGCUGCAGGAGAACAUGGAGCGCCUGCUGCGGGACGCCUACGAGCGCUCCGAGUCGGAGGAGGUGGCCUUCAUCACCCAGCUGGUGAAGAGGCUCCUCAUCAUCAUCUCCCGGCCCGCACGCCUGCUCGAGUGCCUGGAGUUCGACCCCGCGGGGCUGUCCCAGCUGCUGGCGGCCACCGCGGGCCGGGCCGAGGGGCCCCUGCGAGCCGACACCCCCCGGUACCUGCUGAGACAGCUGGGCCGGGCACGGGGGGCACGUGCAGACAUGCUGCACCUGGAGGAGCCCGACAGCAGCGGCACCAACACGCCGGAGCCCGAGGAGGGGGCUGAGGGCCGCACCACCCUGCCCCGGCCCAAGGAGCCGCCAGGUGAGAGCGACUUUGAGACCAUCAAACUCAUCAGCAACGGCGCCUACGGGGCGGUGUACCUGGUGCGGCACACGGCCACGCGGCAGCGCUUCGCCAUGAAGAAGAUCAACAAGCAGAACCUGCUGCUGCGGAACCAGGUGCAGCAGGCCUUCGUGGAGCGCGACAUCCUCACCUUCGCCGAGAACCCCUUCGUGGUCAGCAUGUUCUGCUCCUUCCAGACCCGCCGCCACCUCUGCAUGGUCAUGGAGUACGUGGAAGGCGGGGACUGUGCCACGCUGCUGAAGCACAUCGGGGCGCUGCCGCUGGAGCUGGCCCGGCUGUACUUCGCCGAGACCGUGCUGGCGCUGGAGUACCUGCACACCUACGGCAUCGUGCACCGCGACCUCAAACCCGACAACCUCCUGAUCACCUCGCUGGGCCACGUGAAGCUGACGGACUUCGGCCUCUCCAAGAUGGGGCUGAUGAGCCUCACCACCAACCUGUACGAGGGGCACAUGGAGAAGGACGCGCGGGAGUUCCGCGACAAGCAGGUGUGCGGCACCCCCGAGUACAUCGCGCCCGAGGUGAUCCUGCGCCAGGGCUACGGGAAGCCCGUGGACUGGUGGGCCAUGGGCAUCGUCCUCUACGAGUUCCUGGUGGGCUGCGUGCCCUUCUUCGGGGACACCCCCGAGGAGCUCUUCGGGCAGGUGAUCUCAGACGAGAUCCUGUGGCCGGAGGGGGACGAGGCGCUGCCCCCGGACGCGCAGCACCUCAUCUCCUGCCUCCUGCAGCCGGACCCGCUGCGGCGCCUCGGGGCAGGGGGGGCUCAGGAGGUGAAGGCUCACGGCUUCUUCGCCGCGCUGGACUGGACGGGGCUGCUGCGGCAGAAAGCCGAGUUCGUGCCGCACCUGGAGUCCGAGGAGGACACCAGUUACUUCGACACGCGCUCGGACAGGUACUCCCACGUGGCGUCCUACGAGGACGAGGACACGACGGAGGAUGAGCCCGUGGAGAUCCGGCAGUUCUCGUCCUGCUCGCCCCGUUUCAGCAAGGUCUACAGCAGCCUGGAGCAGCUCUCGCAGGAGCCCAAGCCCAAGGGGCGCCCGCGGGACGAGGGGAGACGCGACGGCUUCGCCCGGGAGCGCGGCUGGAGAACGGGAUCGCCUGAGCUGAAGCACCGCUCGGCGGGCGAGGGGCCGCCCCCCGAGGCCGAGGGCAGCUCCCCACCGGGCGCCCGCCGCCGCUUCUCGGCGCUGCUGGAACCGGCGCGCCCCAACGGCGGCCGCGAGGGAGCCCCGGACGGAGCCGGCGAGGAGCCCGCGCCGCGGGCCGCGGAGCCGCCCCCCGCCCGCACCGAGCUGGGGCUGCGGCGGCCGCGGCACCCCGGGGUGGCCCCCGCCGAGCCCGGGGGGGACAAGCGCAGCCCCCGCGCCCCCGGGAAGGUCACCAAGUCGGCGUCGGCCACCGCGCUGUCCGUCAUCAUCCCCAGCGGGGAGGCGCCCGGCUCGUCCCCCCUGGGCAGCCCCAUGUCCCCGCGGUCGCUGUCGUCGGACCCGUCGUCGCGGGACUCGUCACCGGGCCGGGAACUGGCCCCGGCCGUGGCCGCCCCGCCGCGCUCGCCCAUCGCCAUCCCCCGGCCCGGCAAGAAAUUCGGCUUCACCCUCCGCGCCAUCCGCGUCUACCUGGGCGACAGCGACGUGUACAGCGUGCACCACGUCGUCUGGCACGUGGAGGAGGGCGGCCCCGCGCAGGAGGCCGGGCUGUGCGCCGGGGACCUGAUCACGCACGUUAACGGGGAGCCGGUGCACGGGCUGGUGCACACCGAGGUGGUGGAGCUCAUCCUCAAGAGCGGGACGAAGGUGUUGGUGACAACGACGCCGCUGGAGAACACCUCGAUCCGCCUCGGUCCCGCGCGGCGCCGCAGCGCCCGAGCAAAGAUGGCCCGGAGGAACCGGCGUGGGGGCACCGGGAGCGGCCACGAGAGGCGGCGCAGCGCGCUGUUCCGGCACCUCGCCCGCCAGGCCUCGCUGCUGCACACGAGCCGCUCGCUGACGUCACUGAGCCGCUCGCUCUCCUCCUCCGACUCGCUGCCCGCCUCCCCCACGCAUGCGCGGGCGCGCGAGCCCGGUAAGGGGCGGGGCCACUGGAAGGGGCCGGGCCAUGGGAGGGGGCGGGGCCACGGGGAGGGCGGGCGGUACCGGGGCAGGGAGAACGGGGGCGUGGUCACGGGAACGGGCGUGCGGUGCCCGGUCCUGGUGCCGUGCCUGGUCCCGGUGCCGAUGCCCGGUCCCGGUGCCCGGUGCCGGUGCCCGCUGCCGUUCCCCCCGGCUCUGACCCCGUUCCGCGCAGGGGCCUCUCCGCCCAGCAGCUCGCCCGGUUCCAGCGCUCCGCCGUCACCGGCGGGGCCGCACCUGCGGCCGAGCUCUCUGCAGGGGCUGUCACCGAAGCUGCAGCGGCAGUACCGGGCGGCGCGGUGCCGCUCCGCCGGCAGCAUCCCGCUCUCGCCGCUCGCCCACACGCCCUCGCCGCCCGCCGCCUCCCCGCCCGCCUUCCCCGCCAAGCUGCACCCCAAAGCCGCCGAGUCCCCGCGCCUCGCCCGCCGCGGGCUCCCGGAGAAGGCGGCGCCGGGGCCGCCCCGCAAGUUGGGGCUGGAGCCGCCCCGCAAGGACUUCCCGGCCGAGCCGCCGCUGCAGAGCUUGGCCGAGUGGGACGGCGAGGGCCCGGCCGAGCCGCCGCCCGCCGCGCCCCCCGCCCGCCGCCUGGGCCGGCAGGAGCUGCCGCUGCUGCUCGGGGGUCCCCCCGGGGCGGAGCCGCCGCCGCCGGGCCCGGAGGAGCCCGAGCGGGGGGCGCGGGGUCCCCCCAAGGCGCUCAGCCCGGUGCAGGAGCACGAGCGCGGGGGGGCGGCCCCGGGGGGGCCCCCGGUGCCCAUCGUGGUGGUGGGACCCGGCGCGACCCCCGGGGACCCCCGGAGCGCCGCGGGCCCCCCCGGGCGCUGA